GGCAGAUAUGGGGAGAGUUGCAUGCAACUCAAGUUCGGCUGGGUACUAUCACCAAUGGCCAAUUCGUGAUGUUCUACGCGCGUACCGGCGAUUCAGAACUUACGUUCUCGAAAAUGCUUGACUGGGAAGAUCCGCUUGUUUACGGCGCACUCAUCGGCUUCAGUCUUGCAGCGUCCGACGCAGUGCUGUGUGUGAAGCGCACACGGUCGCAUAAUCGAGAACGGUAUCGUGACGCAGUUCGGACAAGCAUGCACGACAUCCUCAGUUCUAUUUGCCCUCCUGCAGAUCGUAAAAUCGAAUUCGGCGAGCAGCAGGGUCAGGCGAACGAGUGAUUCCAGCGGUAAAAUAGUGCAAUAGCAGAUAUUGUUAGCCCCCAUGUCCGUAUCCAUAUUCAUCGGCAAAAUGGGCGUUU